UUGGAUCUGGACUGUAUGGCGGAAUUGUUGACUUCGCUGUCUUAUCGUACACUCCGGGCUCUAAGCUUAUCGAUCGUGUGGCGAUACGAGCAGCAAUAGGCCAUAGGGUCAUGCUACCACUGUUUCCACACUAAUGCUACCACACCAACACGCCGCGUGUGCACUCGGAGCCUGGAUGGCGACGUGACGAUUUGCCAUUGCUGUGUUGACUCAACGGGACGAAGUUGUGAAACAAGCGACUGUUCUCGGUAGCAGCAGCUUCAGCGACCUCUGAAAAUUCAAUCGCCGCAUAUUCAUGACCUUGGAGCUAGUACAGGCCUCGACAAGACAUUUUACGAGCAAAGAGAACGGGUCGUACGAUUCUACGAAAGUCUGUGCUGAAUACUGUGUAUUCCGUACGGGUCGGUACACUUGAGAACGCGGCCCAACUGUGCUGCUAUCUACUGUUGUUUGAAAGCCAACCUUGUAGUUGAUAAAAAGGAUUGUUACUAAUCAGCCAGCUACCAUGGCAACAGUAGGAACUGAAGAGAAGAGUGUCCAACCCACAGGAGGUUGCACGAGCCCAGCCCCGCCCAUCAGCGAAGGAGUCAACAUCAAAAUGGAGGUCCUGCCCAUUGGAGAAACAGAGAUAGAGAAGGAAAGCAUGUCCACAUGUCUUCAAGAAAGGUUAUCGGAACAACUGGAGAAGGAUGAUAUAGAAGAUGAAGAUGAAGAUGAUUAUUUAAAUCAUGAAUAUGCAAAUGGGGGUGAAGAUGAGCGCUACUCACCUCUUAGUUCUCAUAUGGAAUUUGGGAUCAUUUCUGGUGACCUGAUACACAGUGAGGAUUACAAACCCUAUCGUGACAUUGAAGGGAACCAGAUACUAGACGUUGAUUGUGGCGCUAAUAGGGCAUUGCUCUAUGUCAACAAACUGUGCCAAGGAAGCAAAGGGCAGAGUAUAUUCUUUGAUAACAGAUGGCACACCCCUAAUGAGUUUCAGUACAUCAGUGGAAGAGAAACAGCCAAGGAUUGGAAGAGGAGUAUUCGCCAUCGAGGCAAGAGUCUUAAGAUCCUCAUGUCUAGGGGACUCCUACAGACACGGCCAAGAUUAUCCGACAAGAGGAAUGGUUCCAACGGGUGCCUACAGAACUUCAAUAACAAUUCAGCAGAAAAGAUUAAGACUCCUCGAAAACUAGGAAUGGACACCGAGCCAAGCCAACUGAAUCAAAUCAUCAACCAUUUACACCAAACAAAUGGUUCCCACCUCUUGGCAACCAGGGAAGGACCAAGGAAGAGAAAUCUACCCUCUGAGUACAAGAAUGGAAAACGCUCUCGCAGUGUAUCACCAACAGAGGGCGACAUUUAUGAUGAACAGCAGAGGUGUAUCUUCCAGGCUGCUAACUCUCCAGAACCUCAAAACAUUGAGUAUGCACGGAAAUCUCUAAACCUAGGAACCAACAGCCCAGAGUCACCUUCCAACAGCACCAGUGGUCAAAGUUCACCCGUAUCUUUCGUCCUUAAUGAUCCUCAGUCUUUCACAUCUUAUGAGAAACGCGACGAAGCAGCGUUGGGACAUAAAUCCAGGAAGCAGAAUUCACCUCAACAUUUUGAUAUGCAAGGCAACGGCGAUAAAGACAGAGAUGUUAAUAGAAGUCCUCAUAUUAUUCUACUUUCAUCUCAAGUAAACAACCCACCAUUCCAAAAAGGAGCAUCAAGCUUAAGACCAAGAUUUCAUUCCCAUCAGCCUGGCACUCGUAUUAACGGCAAUACCCUGAUGUAUGGACCCCAGCAGUUGCCCGGUCAGGGCGGGGACGUCAGCACUCGUCGGACUCAAUCGUUACUCACGCCAACAUCUAAGACGCCCUCUGCUGUUAAGAUGAUUGAGCUGACGAGACCUGAUGCUGUACACAAAACACCAGCCUUUCCUAACGGUAGAAAUAACAGUGCUCCAAACUCCAGUCAGACUGCAGGGGAGAUCAGCCCCUCCAUAAGAACCCCUACAAAUGAUACAGUGUUCCUGCCUAGUGACAUGAGUCUAUGGACAGUGGAUGAUGUGGCACAGUUCAUUCAAUCACUCAAGGGGUGUGAGGAAUAUGUCCAGAUGUUCCGAGAUCAAGCGAUCGAUGGUGAGAUACUCCCUGUACUGACUGAAGAUCAUCUUCUACAUAACAUGUGCCUAAAGCUCGGCCCGGCUCUUAAGAUUCGAUUAAGGGUAGCAAGACGUCUUGGGUUUACACUGGACGGUCAAUACUGCCAGCUCAAACCUCCUUAUGAGGAAACACAUUGAUGACUCCCAAGGCCUGUACCACACCUGCCGCUGAUUUCACCAACCUCUUCCUAGGAUUAAUCUUAGGACUUAGGAGUUAAGGUCUGUUUCCAUAGACGUUAGGACGAGAUACUCCUAACUUCGUGAAAUCAGCUGUGGGCAACUUGUGAAUGGCUUCUUGUAUGAGAUUGGCUGGAACUGGUCGGCCGUAAAUUUCCUCGAGCGACGUGAACUUUAGGGUUAAUUUUAAAAGUGCUAUGUCUAAGCAAUCAUGCUUAGCGAUAGCAGAUUACCAGCCGAAGUGCAAUGUAGAGUAUAUUGCUUGUGGCUAGUACCAUCAUUGAAUUUUGAUUAGAAGUUAACUUGUUAACCAAUAUUAUUGUCAAUGUGAAGAUGUAUGAUAUGUGGUCCUGCUUAGCACAAAGCAAUCCUGCUAAGCAGUAACAGGUACAUGUUACCAGUGUCAUUCUUAUUGAUUGAAACUGAUUAUCUGCUCAUUUUGUAUUGCCCCGGCAGUAAAAUUUGAAAAGUUAUGAAUCUGUUGCCUCCAGCUCUGUGAAAUUGACUUCUUAUAAUGUAAUUUUUUGAACUUCGAAAACUGAUCAGAUCACAGUGAUAUUAGUCAAGCUUUUGACCUUUAUCUUAAUGCUUCUAUUCAACCCACUGUAAGGACAAUUCAUAUUGGCUGCAGCUACAUCUAUGGCUGUUGCUAUGGCUGUUGCUUAAUACGUCCUAUACAUGACAAUGACAUUCAAACCGUGGCUUAGCCGCCAAUUUGGAUACAGCUUAACCAAACCAAGGCUAGAAGGAAAAUGCUCUGCCACCUUGCAUGAUACAAGAAUUUGAACUGUAGUUGUCAGUGUUGUGUGUAGGGUACCUGACCAUAGCAUUUAAGGUAUAUUACCUGAUAAUUCCACAUUGACAAUAUUUGUAUAUUUUUUAAGAACUUUAUUUAUAUAAUUUAAUAAAAGGAAGACAACAAAAUUAACUUUCAAAUUCAUCAAAAAUGUAACUGUUUUUGUUGUUGCCACAAAUAAAACCCAUAAAAAACGUGUUUUCAACUUUCUAGAGAAUCGUUAGGGAAUGUUGCUCUGAAAUGUCAUUUUGGACACAAGUUGUUUUGGAUAUAAACAUUGUAAAUUUUAAGAUGAAUGUAUGAUAUUGUAUAAAGCUUGUAUUAAUGACUAAAUAUUUAAGACCGACUGUUUAUACCUAUGUAAAUUGAUGUAAAAUGGAGCGUGCAGAGCAUGGUGCUACAAAUUAUUUGGUGCUAACCGUUGACAGUUUGGGUUCGAGGAUGGGGGAGGGGGGGAGUACAGGGACACGCCCAUUUAUGCCUUGAAAUGAGGCACCUUGUUUUGGGGCUACAUUUAGAUCUAUUUUUAUUGUUCAAGAUUAUUUUUUUGUAAUGAUUUUGUAAUUCCAAGGAUUUGUGUUAAGUUUUGAUGUUGAUGUUGUUUUUGAUAUUAAGUGCAAUUUGCAAAUUUGUUAAAGAUUUUCAGGUAUUACUCUGUUUUAUUUAUGACACAAACACUUUGCUAUUAGUCGAGGUUAAGGUUUAAAUUUAUACACAAAACGAGUCAAAGCAGUAGAUGUUCACUAGAGUAAUAUUUAUGAAGGACAAAAGUUGGAUUUAUUUUACUCAUCACGAUCUACUUAUUAUUCCGUCAAUGAAACAAGGUGAUAAUUAUUUAGGAUAAAUCUUCUUUCUCACAUUAUUUCAUGCAACAAAACUGAUUUUCAUUCAAUAGAGAUUUGACCUUGUCCAAUCAACAAUGUAUUAUGCAAAAAUUAUUAUACAAAUAAUAUCGUAACUUUACACUGGACCUGAGGCCAGUUAUUUUAACAGUGGGUCAAUGGACUCGGAGGGGUUCUAUGGAUUAACCCUCUUGAUCAUAUCGUUCAGUCGAUGCGGAGUGUUUUUAUUGAAGUGUUUGUUUAAACACAUUGACUUACUCUCGUAUAAGUCAUUACAAAUCAUUUACUUUCUCUCAAUGUAUUUAAGAUUGAUAUGCAACAUCUUUUAUAAACUGAAGUUUUGUUCCUGUUUAUUUAUACAGACCAAAUGUGCCUUACGGUAUGGAACAAAUGAAAUAUUACUUGCAGAUUGCUUUUGGUAACUUUUUGAUACACGUUUAGAAAGGGUUUUACACUGGGGCUGUAU